AUGUCCGACAUGAGUGAUACCGAAGACCAACCCACAACAUCCGAAGGGCAAUUCGACCCGAAACGGCACGCCCGUGAGCAGCACAAUGCUCUAGAGCGUCGUCGACGUGACAAUAUCAAGGAUAUGUAUACAAGUCUUCGAGAAGUCGUGCCCGAUACAAAUGGAGAAAGAGUUCAAGCGUCGAGAGCUGUAAUUCUCAAAAAAGCGAUCGAAACGAUAGAAAAAGGGCACGCGGAGAGUGCCGCGUUGUCAGCUGAAAUUAAUCAGCAAGACGCGAAAAAUGCGAAAUUGAGAGAAGAGAUUGCUCGUCUGAAAGCGAAGAAAGAAGCGGCGGCGGCGUCUGCAAAGCCACAAUAA